AUGGGGCGAGAAUGGUCAAGGGAUCACCAGUAUCCCAGGCAGCCAAUUUCCUGGCAGCGGGAGGGAUUUCCAAAUGAGCAACCACAGGACGAUGCUCGCUAUUCAGAGCCGCAAGAACUUCGACGGCCACCCGUGGGCAUUGAUAAGGCCUUGCGGGAAAACUGCAAUAUUCCUGUGAAGGCCUAUUUCGUCGCAGCCAUCCUCGACGAUGGCAGCUCAGCAACAUUUUCAGGGCCGGGAGCCCUGUCAAUAAACCAGAUCAAACAGUUCUUCCACAUGGAGACAUUUAGGAACUAUACACAACAGGCACUUACUGGAGCUCCUUACGAUGAUUCCGACUACGGAGGUGAGAACAGUGGAUUUCGGUCAGGAUUUGGGCGAGAUUUCUCGAGCCGCAGAAUGACGGAACGCCGCAGAACUUCGGCUCUGGAUGCCAUGGACAGUGACGCGGCAUAUAAAGCCCGAAAGCGCCCUCGUAGCCACUCCUCACGACAGCUUCUCAACGAUGACAGAGACAUCCCCUUAACGAUAGCUGCGACCAAGAAACCGAUCCGGAUCGGCGAUACCGAUGUUGUGUGGAGCUUUUACCAGCAACGGUUCAAGAAUUGUCAGCAGACGGCUUGUAAGCUCAUCGCCAAGGCAUGGGUCAAGGCCGUGGAGCCGAAGAAGCAGUCACAUCACCCUUAUACCGGCAAGGACGAGAAGGCGCCGGAGUGGUGGCCAAAACCAUGGGGUCCCAUGAAAGAUGAGCGAGUUCGUCACAAAGAGCCCGAUCAUCUUUACAAGAAGGAGCGAGUGCAUUUGCUAGCCCAUAUUCUCCGGUUGAUUGUGGAGCCCAGUCACAAGCAGCAUCCGGAUGUCCAGAAAUCAUGCUUGAAUGUGAAGAAACUGGAAGAGGUGACGGCGGAAGCACUCUCUAGCUUUUUCUCAGAUCCCGAGAACCCUGGGAAUAGUAAAAAGCGUCCGUACCUGACCGAAAUAUUCAAGAUCGCGAAGUACGAGGAGAGGUAUAAGAAUGGCGAAAUUGAUGGCGACACGGAGGUGUUUGUGAUGGCCGAUGACAAGAUACCCGAGUUUUACCAAAAUGAAUCCGACGGUUCUCUCAAGACGGGCCGAGAGAAGCACGAUGACCAAGAUGCGCCCAUCGGACAUCGGGGCCUGUCCCCGCCGAAACCUGUCGCCCCGCAUCCGAUGAUACCGACAAACGCCGCCACUGGUGCUACGAAUACUGCAGGCAACAUCUCGGCGCCACAGUUCCUGUCAGAGCUGCCUGUGCGUGGAGGGUCGCAUUUGCCUACGCAACUGGUUCAGCCAGAGAUGGGCUCGGAGCAGCAAGCCUCGUACGUGGAAAGUGCUGGGAUUGGCGGAGUUGCCAAUACAUCGAUUCAUCACACCGCUCCUAGCUUGCCCAUGUCAGAGAUUUUGGCAAGCCCCCACGAUACCACCGACCGACGGCAUUCCCUUGUAUUUAAUUCGCCAACGGACUUUUCGGCCUCGGGGAAUACGGCGAUGUACUCGCAACAGUGGCAGCCGGCAUCUACUGCGCCCGCGACGUCUCCGAUGUACUCCUUUCCACAUCAGCAAACGCCUGCGCCCCAAGCUAACUACGGCGCGCAACCAAACAUGAGCCUGCAACAGGGGCAGCAGCAGUAUCUUCCUCAGCAAUAUGAAGGACUCCAGCGAGCGGCAGCACCGUUUGACCCAAACCAUCCACAUUUAUACCGGCAGGGGCCGGUGACUCAACCGAAUGUUGGCCAUACGCAAGGGUAUCCGAACUAUCUAUCGUCAGAUAAUAGGGGGUUGCCUGGGUCUAGCAUCAAACCGGAAUCUCUCCCGCGGUCCCACAUGCACUGA